AUGGGUGCACGGACGUUGUGGCAUAUUUUGGCAAUGACAAUCUCAGUUGUAUCGGCCAUCGACCCACAACAUCAAGUAACAGCGACAGCACCAAACCCAAAAAGAAUUGCCGUCAUUGGGGAAGGCGUGAUUGGAUUGUCAACGGCGUUAGCGAUAAAAGAGCAUAACCCAGCAGCACAGAUUACAAUAUUCCAUGAUCGUCCGUUUGAAAACAUCCUUAGUAGAGGGAUAGCAGGUCUUUUUAGAAUCGACGAGCCGACACCGAUACAAAGGUUAUACGGCAAUGAGACCUUCACUCAUCUUGCCCAAUUAUGGCGAAACGUGGGUGGCGUGAGUGGUGUACAACUCCUUUCUGGACAUAUUCUGUCAGAAGAUAGGAAUCUACUCAUAGACCAGGAGCGAGCAUAUGCAGAUAUUGUCUACAACUUCCGAUUUCUGUCGGACGACGAGAAAAGAUCACAAUUUUCAGGCAAUAACCUUGAGGAGUCAUCCGCCAUUCACUAUACGGCGUUCACGUCCGAAGGUGCUAAAUAUUGCCCGUGGAUGAAGAACCAGCUGGUGGACAAAGGCGUCCUCUUCGUUCUGAGGAAAAUCAACAACCUUGAUGAGCUCGGAGACGAAGGAUACGAUGUCGUUGUGAACUGUGCCGGUCUCGAAGGUGGGCGACUUGCGGGAAUACCAGAGGAUACAUUUCCAAUUCGCGGCAUUCUGCUCAAAGUCGAUGCUCCAUGGCACAAACACUUCCUCUUCAGAAACUUCACUACAUUCACCAUACCCACGAUCGAUGCGGUCUAUGUCGGUACUGUCAAGGAACUGAACAGAGACAACAUGACACUGACCGGAGAAGAAAAGGAUGCACUAUGGUGUCGUUACCUCAACCUACAGCCUGCAUUCAAGAACGUUAGGGUGCUAGACACCUUUGUAGGCCUCCGCCCAGGACGUUCUGAUAUCAGAGUUGAGGCUGAAAGGAGAACAACUAGUAAUGGAAGGUCCUAUAAGGUGGUACACAAUUACGGACACGGCGGUAGCGGUUUUACUCUCGGUUGGGGUUCAGCUCUUCAUGCCACGGCCUUAGUGUACGACCUACCUACAGACCAAUAUGAUGAAGCGAUGCAAGAAACUAUCGCUUUGAGAGAACUAACGGUGAAAACUGUCAGAAACGAGGUAGCUAAAGCUGUAGUAGAGAAAAGUGAAAUUGCAAAAACUCGUGCAGUUCGUUCUUACUCAAAGUAA